AUGAACAAUAAUGAGAAAUUCAAGCAGCGGUGGGAGUUGAGGCGGAAAGAGGUAGAUACCGACACCUCGAGUGAUGACAGCCAACCGAAUGCUAGUGGGCCCCAUGCUGGGAAGCGGCCCAAUUUAGUUGCUGGCCUCGUUCUGCUCAAAAAUGAUGAAGCAAGUGACAAACCGACUUUAGCCGCUGACGAAAGGAAAACCAAAUCAAGCAAGAAGGCGAAAGGCAAGAAGUACAACGCUGCAGUUCAAAAGAAAUCAAACAGCGGGCCAAUCAAGAAAAAUAAGCGGAACAAAAAUCUCAUGGUCGAGCAUGCGGCCAUGUUUGAAGAUCUCAAGGCCUUUGCAGAUUCUUUAAUGCAAGAACUCACGGCCGCCCGGGAGAAUAUGGUUACGCACUUCAAGGAUGAGAUGAGAAAGCUGACAGCCAUUGUGUCGAAAAAGCCGGUUAGGAACAAGAAUGCGAGAUGUUCCCAGAAAAAUAUAGCGAAACCCAAAAAUUGUACGGUUGUUCGAAACACAAAAGGCAAAGUGGAGUCUGAUGCACGUAAAUCCACAAAACCUGCAUCCGAGUCCGUGGAGAAAAACGAGGAAGUUUUACAACGGACCAAAAAUGAUGGACUAAACAAAGGUGACAAUGGAUUGACUGUGCCAGCUGUCAUCCCAAAACCACAGUUUCAAAAUCCGAGAACCCAUUUGCCUUUGGGUGAUCACAAAUUUUAUCGGCAAUAUGCGGUAGAACAACACCUCGGGAGCUUUUCCAGCAUUUCAAAUUCAAACAGAAGUUUGGGUUUGAUUGGACAAAACUACCCCCGAGCGCCAGGCAUUCCUUUCCCGGUCCCCCUUGGUCAUCUUGGAUCGGACAAUGGGUCUAAUUUUUCGAGCUUGACUUACUGUGGUAUCCCAUUGGCGGAUAAGGUUAACGAUGUGGGCCUGAGGUUGAAUGGCAUUAACGUGAAUUUUCCUAAGGGGAAUCAUAUCCUUAAGAACCCUAAUUUCAUAAUGUGGAGACAAACAUCUGAAUAUAUUGUGGAGGAUUUAUGCCGUUGUGGAAAAAAUGCAGUAAGGAAGACGUCUUGGUCUGAAGAAAAUUGUGGUCGGAGGUACGGUGCCAGUCCGCGAUUUAGGAAAUCUGGAGGUUGCACAUAUUACCUGUGGAUUGAUCCGUCAAUGUGCACAGGAGCAAGACAAAUUAUUCCUGGUUUAUUGAAGAAAAAUGAGAAGCUUGAAGAUGAACUCAAGAGUAAGAGGUUUAGGGAGAGGUGUAUGUGGUUGGUUUUGGUGUUAUCUUGGAUGAAUGUAUACCUUCUUUACAAAUGA